UAUGGUAUACAGUAGCCUAGCUACAUUUAUUUUGCAUUACUUUGGGUUUUUGAUGCAAGUUUUAUGCAAGGGGGAUUGAAACGUAGUACAAAUGAAAUGAUGCAUUAGGCUUUACGAUUUUUUUUAAACUUAAUUUGAAGACUCAGAACCUGUAAACUGUUAUACUGUAUCGGAUGUCCACGAGUGGGUAACAGCUGACACGAAGUGAAUUAGAAACAAAGGAAACACGCACUCGCCAUAGCUGACUGGUAUGCUCAUACAGGUAAACCAUCAACUUCUCAUUUAAAGUAUUAUAGGGAUGCCCAAGGAAAAAUAUGAUCCGCCAGACCCAAGGCGGAUGUACACAAUAAUGUCCACUGAGGAGGCAGCCAAUGGGAAGAAGUCAUACUGGGCUGAGCUCGAAAUUAGUGGUAAAGUGAGGAGUCUGAGCACCUCAUUAUGGACGUUGACUCACCUCACUGCUCUUCACAUCGGCGAUAACUCCCUCUCUCGUAUCCCACCCGAUAUUGCCAAACUUCAAAACCUGGUGUACCUGGACCUCUCAUCCAACAAGAUCAGGAGCCUGCCCGCCGAGCUUGGCAACAUGGUGUCUCUCAGGGAACUUCUUUUAAACAAUAACCAGUUGCGGGUUCUACCUUUUGAGCUUGGAAAACUGUUUAAGUUACAAACACUGGGGUUAAAAGGAAACCCACUUGCACAAGAAAUAUUGAACCUCUAUCAGGAGCAUGAUGGCACGAGGAAACUACUCAACUACCUUCUGGACAAUCUGGCAGGGACCAAACGAGUCAACUCCGAGCAACCCCCACCCAGAUCAUGGAUUGUCAUGGCCGAGCCUGACCGGGCACGAACAGCAGCCUUGUUUUCUGUGAUGUGCUACAACGUGUUGUGUGAUAAGUAUGCCACGCGCCAGCUCUACGGCUACUGCCCCUCCUGGGCCCUUAACUGGGAGUACAGGAAGAAGUCCAUCAUGCAGGAGAUCAUGAAUUGCAACGCUGACAUCAUUAGCCUACAGGAAGUGGAAACAGAGCAGUACUACAGCUACUUCCUACCGGAGCUGAAGGACCAGGGUUACGAGGGCUUUUUCAGCCCCAAGUCCCGCGCCAGGACCAUGUCUGAGUGUGACCGCAAGCAUGUGGACGGCUGCGCCAUAUUUUACAGAACCGAAAAGUUCAGCCUGGUGCAGAAACACACGGUGGAGUUCAACCAGCUGGCUAUGGCAAACUCUGAGGGCUCAGAGGCCAUGCUCAACAGAGUCAUGACCAAGGACAACAUUGGUGUGGCCGCUCUUCUAGAGGUCCGCAAGGAGAUGAUGGAGCAGUCUGUGGGAAAGUCUCUGCACGGCAUGGAGAAACAGCUCCUCCUGGUGGCCAACGCCCACAUGCACUGGGACCCGGCGUACUCCGACGUCAAGGUGGUCCAGACCGUCAUGUUCCUGUCUGAGGUGAAAAACAUAGUGGAGAAGGCCACGCGCAGCCUCAAGCUCUCCUCAGUCUCCGGGGAGACAAAUGCCGUCCCACUCGUCCUGUGUGCUGACCUCAAUUCACUCCCCGACUCUGGUGUGGUGGAGUACCUGAGCUCGGGCGGAGUGGACAGCACCCACAAGGACUUCAAGGAGCUUCGCUACAUCGACAGCCUGACCAACUUCAACUGCAACGGCAAGAAUGGCACAUCCAACGGCAGGAUCACCCACAGCUUCAAGCUGAAGAGUGCCUACGAAAACGGCCUGAUGCCUUACACCAACUACACCUUCGACUUCAAGGGCAUCAUUGACUACAUCUUCUACUCUCAGCCUACGCUCAAUGUGUUGGGAGUUCUGGGUCCUCUGGAUCCUCACUGGCUCCAUGAGAACAAUAUCAGCGGCUGUCCCCACCCCCACAUCCCCUCCGAUCACUUCUCCCUGUUUGCACAACUGGAGCUGCUCCUCUCCUACCCGUCAUCAGUCAACGGAAUCCACCUGCCAGGGCGCAGGUAGUUCUCCGAGCCACAAGAGGGAGCUGUUGCUCCAACCUCGUUCUAUUUUUCCUGCAAAGUUGACAAACACAUUCUGUAUCAAUCAAAAUACAAUAGGAGUGGGAUAUGGCCAGCAUUUUACCCCCAUGGAUUUUAACUGAAGCAAAAGUUCACGACGAUCUCAACAAUACGUCUUUAUCACAUUUUCUGGGCACAAUUUAAUGUUUAUUUUUUUCAUACCGUAUCCCACGUAGCAGUCCUGGGUGUUUCGUUUUUACAUAACCUGCAGAUAAAUUGUUGAAUUGUGUGGCAAUACCAUGAGGCCCACAGGGAGUGCAUGCAUCUGUAGAGUAUUUUCCCACCUCUUAUCACCAGUGAGAGAUUUUGUUGAGGGGGGAUUCUUCAUGUCAAAAGCAUGAGCUUGUGUACACACAAAGUUAGAGCUGCUGACUAACGGCGAGUAAACUGUAGGCUAUAAAAAUAGUUGCACACUAUUAAGGGUAAUUGAUUGUGUAAAAACCAACGUUUCGGUGUUAGUACCACAGUGCCGACAUGUUGGUGGUUUACUCAAUAAA